GCGGCGGUGAACUGCGUGGGCUUUGGUUCGUAUCCAGUGACGGGCGUGCUGGUGGUGCUAGCGCAAGAAGUGAUGGAAAGAGUUGCACAAGACGAUGCUACGGUCCUGUUUGAUAUGGUGGAAGGUUUGCUGAGAGAGAAGCUGUUCCACUCGGCGGAGAUUGUUGGAGGUAUCUUGCUGUCACGGGCGAGCGUUUCCCAACAUGCCGGAUUGCACGCCGAGGCUCUGUCGAUGUUCGCCGAUGCGUUGAAGGGCCGUGGUGAACACAAGCGAGCCACGGCGUACUACAAGCAAUCUCUGCUGCAUCGCCAGCUGCAGAAGGAGAUAGCCUCCUCGCCCGGAUCAGCAUUCAUGUCGCCCCCGCCCCCGCCGCGACCGGCGUCUGCUGGGGUGGGCGGCUCCUCGCAGCAGCAGCAACAGCAGCAGCAGCAACCACCACCACAAGAACAACAACCGUACACAUCUUGGGCGGACCGGCGGAGAGAUAGAAGCGGAUUGCGAGGAGGAGGGGUGGCGCAGGCGGGGGGCGCCGGGUCGGGCGUGGAUCGGACAGCGAACCUUACGACGUCCCAGGUGUGGGCGACGUCGAGUUGA